UCGGAAGGCGCUACGUCUCGGCCUCGGCGGCGGACAGAGGGGGGGGGGAAAGAUGUCGGCGCCCAUCCUGAAAGUGGCGACCCCGAAAUGGGAGAAGGUGGCGAGGGGCAGCGUCUGCCUGCUCGGGGUGCUGCUGUCCGUCUACGCCUACCAUGUGGAGAGCGCCCGGGGCAGCGACCCCGGCUACGUGGCCAUGUGCGACUUCAGCGAGCAGAUGAGCUGCACCAAGGUGUUCGGGUCGAGGUGGGGAAGAGGAUUUGGACUAGUUGGAAUCAUUUUUGGAACAGAGAGUGCUUUGAAUCAGCCAAACAGUAUAUAUGGGCUUGGUUUCUAUGUGCUACAAAUGUUGUUGGGUAUGACCGUGAGUGCAAUGGCUGCUUUAAUACUAAUGACGACAUCUAUAGUAUCUGUGGUGGGUGCACUGUAUCUAAGUUACAUCCUGUAUUUUGUGCUGAAGGACUUUUGCGUAAUUUGCAUCACUACAUAUAUCCUGAACUUCAUUCUCUUUAUUAUCAACUAUAAACGACUCGUUUACUUGAAUGAGGCCUGGAAACAGCAACUCCAAUCCAAACAGGAAUAAUUCAUAUGAUCAACAAGCCUAACACCUGGAGAGCCUGCUUUCAUUAUGUCUAUUUGGCAGUAAUUUUCUUUUUGCGAGAGGUGUAUAUGAUAUAAAGGAAAUCAAAAUCAUUGAAAACCAAUUUUUUAAUUGAAUACUGUGUGAGGCCCUGGACUUUGGUUUAUUCUCCCUCAUGCAAAGACUUAACAGACAGGCCAACUGAGAGCAAGCUUUAACUGUAGUGCACAUUCCUUAGGAGAUAUGAAUUUAAAAAAAAAUACACUAAGUGUCAUUUGUAUUUUUAAGCAUUUCUCUUCCUUUUCCUCCUCCCAAUAAUGCAAAUUGUGUUAAAUUGUGAUUGAAAGUGCCUUCUGUUACAGAGGAUUUUGCUGUUUAUUUUAAUCCUAUUCAAGUGUUUUAUACUGCACAGAAAGUGGCUAACAGGUGUUCUGGGUCUUGGUGCUUUUAUAUGUGGAUCAGAAAAAUGUACAUCUUUGUUGAGUGACAGGGUGGGUGCUGCAAGUCCAAUUUCUUUAAGUAUAGCAGAAAUUUGUCACGUAUUGAACGGUGGCUUUACAUGUAAAAGUGCUUGGGUCCUGUCGGCAUAAACCUUAUCUGUGUACAUACUUGAUUUUUAAAAGGCCAACAAUAGUAGACACAAUGUACCACAAAGGUAUUUAAACUAGCACCAUUCACAGUGCUGGAUAGUUCUGGCAACAGCUUGCUAGUGUUUUAAAAGUACGCUUCUGAGUAACUAGUAGUUAAGUUACAAAAGCUCUAACCUUUUCAGAUGACAAAAAUGGGACUAAGAAUUUGUUAAUAUUUGUGAUGUGGUUUAGUAAAAGUGCAGUAUAAUAGCUUACCUUUUUUUUAACAAGAAAACUUCAAGUUGCACUUUAGAUAUUUAAUUUUAUUUUAAUUUCAGUAUUUUUAAAAUUCCUGAAUAAAGCAGCAUCAGGGCUAUGUCUAUAUAAAUGUGUGGUCAUCCAGGACCAUGUUUAAAAGUUGGGUCUUCGGUGACCUUAUUUAAUGGACCCUUUUUGGUUUGAAUUUAAUUGUGCUAUACACAACCUUUUUUUAAUAUCUGGGUAAGUUUUUGAGGUUUUCAUUAGGUUGAGGCCCCUUUUGUCUUUAAUGUAACACCAUUGUGCCAAGUGUUCUUGUGAUUUAAGAUUAGUUGAUUUCAGAAGCAUUGCUAUAUUAAACAUAAUUUUCAAAUUGGUUAGAUUUCCUGGCCAGAAAUAAGGUGUUUAUACUAACAAGUUUAAUAACUGGCAUUAAGAAAGUAUUUAAAUUCAAUUCUGACCCAUUAAACCAUAUUUAAAUAUGAAUGACAGAGGCUUAAAUAAAGGAUUCUCUCUCAUUCUAUACAUCUAGCUGCCAUCCAGAAUUUGAAAUAUCCAAUUUGUAUUUCAUUUUAUGCACAUUGACAAUUAAACUUGAAGAGGCUUUUGUCUGGUUUUGAAGCUGUGUUGCACCAAAUAUUGUUGCAAAUGUGCAUUCAGUAUGUAACGCAGCCUGAUUUAUUUUGUAUUCAUCGCUGCACUAGAUUUCAAUUAAAUACAUUGGUGUCCCCAAAGUUACAAAUUGUAGAGAUUGUAGUAAAUUUAAUAACUUUUUCAAACACUGGAAUUAUUUACAUCAAGAAACCUGGUCUAUUGCACUAACUGAUAUCCUAACAGUUGUGAAUUUCUUAAAGUAGCUUAUGAUCUCAUUAGAAUGAGGUUACUUUAAAUUUCAUGGAUUGUGAAAAUGCUUAAUGUCAUUGCAACUUAACUGGUAAAUAUUGGUUUAUUGCAGAGGUAGUUAAACCUAUAAUUUUUCCUAAUGUAAUUUUUAAUGCCUUGAAAUAACUUUCAAUAAAAAUGUAUCAAUCUUACUAUACCUCAGAUACUGUGCACAUAUGCACAGGAUCCAUCUUACAUGGCUGAGUCAUCCACCAAUAGUCAACAUGCAGUGCCUGCUGUGUAUUGUCUAAUGGAUGGGACAACAGUUUUAAAGCAGCAGGCUUACUGGCAGAAAGAGAUGGGUUCUAUGUCAGUCAAGGACUGCAUGUAAAGGUAAUGCAUAGUAAUUUUCUUUUAACCUAAAGCUUGUUAAUGUGCAAGAUGUUGCACAUGCAAUCAGUAAUUUAUGGAACCAGUAUUUUUGCAACACUUCUUUUGUGUGCCCUUAACUGUCUGAUUAUUUUUAAUCCUUGCACUGUAAUUGUUUAGUUGGUGACGUUUAAAGCCAUUACUACAUUCUUUAUAGAAUGCGGAUAAUCCAGAGGAAGUUGGGUACAGUUAAAGCUUGCCUCAAAAAAAAUUGAAUCCUGGAUAUGGGGGAAGUACAUUUAUUGUAUCUGUGCUCCUUGAAGCUGCUGGUAUAGUAAGUGACUCAAUCUCUGAGCUCCAAAUGACCACUGAAUGCUACUGUACUAUUAUGUGACAUUCCUGUGGCCCAAAUAGCUGUAAGAAGAAAAAUUCCAAAGGAGUUGUUUUAUGCUAUAGUACUGGUGUACUCUAUAUCUUAGCUGUGGAUGACACAUGCUCAUUCUUGAUCCUGUUUUGAAGUAAAACUAUACUAUGUAACAGCAAUUCUACAUGUUUGGUGCAAAACAAAUUGAAUAUUGAUUUUCGCCAUUGUUUUGGGUUGGGUUCAAAUUUUGUGUAUUUCUUGGUAUUGGAUCUUUUUACCAGCAGUAGAAGGAUGGACAAAUUUAAGGUCUCAGAAGUCUAAUUGUAUUAACCCUCUUCCAUCACCAUUGUUUGAUGAUAUUGCACUGUCUAGCAUGAAACCCAUGUUUACUGCUCAUGAUGUACUGUAAUUGAAUAUAAACUAUAGAUUCAUCACUAUUGGUAUUGGUCUAUCACUACAUAUCACUGGUAUCAAUAUAGGCAAGUGGGCCCCCUAUUAAAGCCAGUGAAAUAAAAUGGUUUUCAUUACAGUAAAUUGUCAUUAUGAAAGUGACAGGGUGACAGAUGCUCUUUAUUUUUGUAAACUGUGUGUAGCAUGGCAGAAGUACUAUGUUCUUGAUCUGUAUAAUAUGUUCCAUCAGAGUUAUUUAUUAAUGCUGCUUCAAGCUCAUGAGCACACAUGUUAAAACUUUAAAGGUGGACUCUCUGGGCAUUGAUCCCCUUCACAGCCACAGGCGAGAACAUUUUUUUAUACAUAGGUUCAGGAAUAUGAUUUUGCUAAAUAGCAAAAAUUGUAAAUAUGUAUGAAUGUGUAUUCAUUGCACAAAAUUUUUGGUAUGAAAUAAAUGUAGAAUUUACAUGA